CUCACUAUCACUCUCACCCAUGGCUUCCUCUACAUUUCUAUCAGCAUUUCUUUUCCUCUUCUUGGUUAUGCAAACCCUAGAAGAAGGGGCAAAUGGGUCUUUGUUAGAUGAUGGAAAGACAAGGAUGCUUAUUGAAAAGGCCAACAAGAAAGGGCCUUAUCUCGGGCUGGUCAUUCCGAAUCUGUUCGAGAUGAAUCCUCUUCUCCAACACCCGAGUUAUAAACCCAGUACUCUGGUUAUUGACUAUGCUGGGAGGAGAUUUCGGUUUGGAACCGUCAAGGGCAAACCCGUCAUUUUAGUUAUGACUGGCCUUGCCAUGCUAAAUGCAGGCAUAACAACACAACUGUUGUUGAGUGUAUUUGAUGUGUAUGGAGUUGUGCAUUAUGGAAUUGCUGGAAAUGCAAAUCCUUCUCUCAAUAUUGGAGAUGUCGCUAUCCCUCAGUAUUGGUCACACACUGCUCUUUGGAAUUGGCAGAGGUAUGGAGAUGGUCCAGAAAAUGAAUUGCCAUUAGAAGUGAACGGAGACUACACAAGAGAAAUCGGAUUCAUCAAAUUUGCCAAAUACGCCACAAACGUAGACCAAUGCAACUCUCAAGACAACCUUCUCAACAACGUUUGGUAUCAGCCUGAGGAAAUCUUCCCUGUCGACGCCACUCCUGAGGAAAGACAGCACAUCUUUUGGGUUCCUGUUGACUCUGAUUACUUCCAAAUUGCACAAUCACUCGAGGGUUUGGAAUUGGAAGGGUGCAUAAAUGCAACAACAUGUUUAACCCACACUCCAAAGGUCACAAGAGUUGAGAGAGGCACGAGCGCAAGCAUAUACCUCGACAACGCCGCAUAUAGGAGCUUCAUAUACGACAAGUUUAACGUUAGCCCCGUCGAAAUGGAGAGCGCCGCCGUCGCCCUCGUCUGCCACCAGCAAAAGGUGCCUUACAUCAUUAUUAGGGCGCUCUCUGACUUGGCCGGCGGCGGUUCCGCCGAGUCCAACGAGGCCGCCACCUUCAUAAACCUCGCCGCCGACAACUCCGUCAAAGUGGCGGUGGAGUUCAUCAAGAAGGUGCCGUCGCCGAGUAGCUCUGCCGGCCUUAUUUCUAGCUCUUAAUGCGAGUGUUUUUUGAAUAAAUAAAUGUUGUAAUAAUGUAGUCAACUCUCUUGGGUCUUGGUAUGAUUUUCUUAAUUAAGAAAACCCAA